GUUUUGUUGCGCGACAAAGUUGAACUAGCAGGUUCUCGACCUCGAACAGCCUCGAUGUGCGUACGCUGAGUCUAGCAUGACGGCGUCCGUAGCAUGCUUCCGCCAGCUUGCACAUAGGUUUGGCAGUCGCCGGAGCUUGGGGUUCUGUGCUACUUCCAGAUACACAACCCGACAGACAUGUCGCCAGCUUCACGAUGCGAGCCUAAUGCGAUGGCCGGCCGAACCCCUUGCACACAAGGCUCCCACCGCACAAACGACUGUAGCGACUUCCCAACGGAGGUUUUCAGCUGACCAGUUCAACGAAGGCAGUUCGACUGCAAAUGAUGGACAGAAGCUUUCGAAAAAGCGGCAUCCGCGAGCCCACUUGCGCUCGGCGCUGAAACAAUACUCGAAAGAAUAUCCGCCACCAUCGGCCCUGGUGAGACCUGCACAAAACAUCCCAAGCAAAGCGGAGAAUAGGCGCAGCCACCGAAAGCAUGUCAACAGCAUACGGACUCAGAGUCUCCACGGAAUCAAGAGCCUGGUCAGCGGCAAGCCCGACCACGAAUGGCGUGAGACCCUCGCCUUACUGGCACAGCACACUCCAGACUCGAGGGAAGUACUCAACUUUCGAGUCACCAUCGGCAAGGGCGCUGCUACUGAGGCGCGGGCUCGGCUCCUCAGCGGCCUAGACUCCAAUGUAUGGCAGAUCAGUCGGAGAUAUCAGAGCGUGAUACAUGUUGAGGAGGGGGACAAUGAUGGAAGCCUCGCCUUGAAUCUCUCCGGGUCCGAAACGGCGGUCCGCCUGUCGCUUCUCGAGGUACUGCGUGUCGUGGGCCAGGUGACGGCUUUGCGUGUACACAAUAGUGAGCUUCGGGCGGCACUGGCGAAAGACUGGGAAAGGAGAGAUGCCACCACUGCGCGGGUGAAGCUGUUGGACAUUGGCGAUGUCGCAACUGAAGAUGUGACACUCACUCUUCGGGACGAAAUGCAGGCAACAGAGGCAGAGCCUUUCAAAGGUCAGGCGGACAGUUCUUCCACAUUGCUCGACGACAUUUUCACAACAUCAACAACGAAACACAAAUAUUAUAUGCUAGAGCGCCCAGCGAGUAAGAUAGAGCCACCGGCUUUGUGGACGAAGCGUUCAUUCGAAGAAUACGUUGCCGCAUUGACGUAUGGCGAGGUUCCUCCGCAGCGAGCCAGCGAGUUUUACGGCAGUGGCCCCAGUCAUCAAGAAGUCGUUGCAUCACUUCUGGUGCGAGCGUUCACAUCAGCAGACACCAAACCGGCAAUAUCGCUAUCUGCUGUCAAGCUGGCACUGGUAUAUCUUCAGAAAAGAGGGCCGGGGCUCAGGCCUGCGAAUGAAAAGAUCUUUGCUCAAAUUGAGCUCCAGGAUCUUCCGGCUGAUGCGGAGACGUACAGUAUCUUGCUGGUCGGUGCGUCCAAGGUUGGAGAUCUGAGAUCGUAUACCAGCGUUCUAAAGACCAUGAUACGAAAAGGCUUUCGGCCACAGGCGAGGGCAUGGCUGGCUUUUCUGGAGAUGACUCAGGACCGCGCUCACAAACGAAGAAUACUCACGGCUAUGCAGCGGAAAGGCUUAGACCGGAAUCGGUCAAUCUACAAUGAGAUGGCCCGACACCAGGUUUUGAUAGAGCUUGAGUCACAAAUUGCGAAGCGGACGAAACCCACACAUACAGAAGAAGCGGAGAGCUACCACAUCGGCGCAUUUAUCCAGGAGCAGGAUCGGCGUCACGGAUUGGCAUGGCUUAACACAGUGACGCUGAACAAGAUGCUGGAUGUUCUUGGUAGUACCCUUGAGCUUGAAGCAUGCAAGCAUCUACUGGCGAUUGCACAGAAAGAGGAGCGUGCGGCACCAGACGUGGUCACGCUCAACACUAUGCUCACACACACCCGGGGCAUCCCGGAAUGGAUUUCCAUGAUGGAGACGAUGCUGUCGCGAUACUCGUGGCUGAGGCCUGACAAAAUCACAUUCCACACACUCUUCUCCAUUGCCUGGAGCCUGAACAGGCCCAACAUGAUGGCGGUCAUUUGGAAGUACGCGACGAUAGCACAGCUCGCACCAUCUAAAAUGCGGAGCAGGCUCAACAAAAUACUUGUUCGCGAGCACUCCGAUCCUGGGUCAGCUGGACUGGAGCAUCGACGUAUCUGGUCGCCAAUACUGUUUGGGAGCAAGGAGCUUGAAGACGCCACCUCUGCAGCCAACUCUGUCGGGAAGCCUGUCAGUUUUUAUGAUGUAGCCGCGAACUACCAAGAGGCCACCAGGAACAAGACACCAGCCGCAAACUUCGCCCAGAAGUUGCGUGAGGCAUACGAGAACGACAUUGCCUUGUACAAGCUCCGGAAGGAGAAGGGCGAAGUGACGACGCAAGAAAUGAAGGAGCUGAGCGUCGAGAUACUCAUGGAGGCAGCACCACUGGUUCGGAAAGUAUGAAGCACUGGGAUGAACGAGGGGUUUGCUUGCACCAUUUACGGGACAAGCUCUGCAUUGCGUAAGCGAGCAUCAACACAUUGGAAUUCACGAUUGUAUCAAGAACGAACUGGCAUUGUGCGGAGUUUGGGUUUGUACCAUAGUUGGGGAGCGACAUAUCCUUCACGGACUGUACUAUAUAGAUCUACUCUUCGUAUAUGUGAUGAACGAUCCAGGAAGGGGCUUUGAAAUUGUUGCCGAAUGCUCUGGUUGCCCGGCAGAUAUAGACUGCAACAUCUGUGGCAAGUCUGCAGGG